UACUGUUCUAGAAGCGUUUCGACGCUUGCGUUGUGAACAGUGUGCUGGCUGGAGACUGGCAAGGACAUCGGUAGAUGGAAUGACAUUUGUGUAACGUUAGCCACCAGGCUUGAAAAUUGCAGGAGAAAUAUCAAUCAUUGUAAGCGGAGAUAAAAUAUGAGUUGCACAAAUUAACCAAAACAAACACACGCCUGCAUCACUGCCCUAGUUAACUAAUAAAGUUUGUCUAAUGGUGUCUGCUCAAUAAAUCUGUCAUUGGGGUCACCCCUGCCCCUUCCUGAGGUGAAUGGCUGUGUGCAGAGGGGGUGCUGCUUUCUGGGUGGGGUGUCUCUGGAGCCAUGGCAGCAGUCAACUUAGGAGGCAGCCAUGUUGGACUAUAUAUCAGAUGCUUGAACAGCCCUUGAAUGGCUCCGCAAGAACACUGUGCAGUGCAUCGUGGGCCCUGGCACCACCAAACAGCCUCCGCUAUCAGAACCUGAAACAUCCAUCCCUGUCGCACCCGUUCCACCAUGCGAGUCAGCCCCAGACAGCAGCUGUCCUGGAUGUGGACUGGGACGAGACGGUCAACUUGUGCGUGCUGCUGCGACCCAAGGAGUCUGAGGAGCAGCACACCCUCGUGGAGGUGUCACACGUUGGGCAGGAUAAACUAAGCGAGCUCCUUGCUCUGGGACCCAACAGGCCCUUUGAGCUCCUUCUUCCUUUAACGACUGUUGACGGUUGCAGGGAGGAUGACAUUAGCAUUACGGCGAAGGACAGGAAGGAGGGAUAUGUGGAGGGAACGGCUCUUGGUAAAGAGACAGGAUCCUUCCGGAGUCUUUUUGAGACAGAAGGCUGUCCUGCUCCGUUUGUGUUGGGCUCACACUUCUACUGUUUUCACUGCCCGACAAUGGAGCCCUUGGCCAGCACUGGAAAUAGACUUCACUUGACGCUCGGACUAGAGGCGCAGGCCUCAGGCCUCCCCCCACUCCCCUCAGUCUCCUAUUUCGAAGACGAACCUGACCGGGUAGAGAGGAGCAAGAGUGACAGUGAGCGGGAGAACGAGGAGAAGCUGGCAGUGAUGUAUGAGAGGCUGAGGCUGGAGCUUCCACAGUUUUUCGUGAAAAGUCAUGACUAUUGCCUGUACUCCAAUGACAUCGAGUUCAUCAAUGGGCUUAUAAACACCAAGACCAAGGGCCGUAUGAUGUAUCAGCUGACCCUCUCCCUGUGGAGGCUGAUGUGCCUGUGCUAUUACGCGGAGGCGCGUAUAGAAGUGCUGAAGCUGACCAAGCACCCCGAGGACGGCUCGGUGCGAGCGCGCUGGAGGAUCCGAGGCCUGCCCUUCCACAUGCUGCUGCUGCGCUUCUACAAGAAAGACAAGAGCCACCUCUAUAGGAGUUAUGAUGCUUUCUCCACAUUUUACCUGGGCUCAGAUGGUCUCAUUCACUGUCAUAGAGUGGAAAAGGUGAUGCAGGCCCAGCCGCCUGUGUUGCCCAGGGUGACCUCGCUGCUGGCCGGGGCACUGAUGGCUCUGGGCGUCCAGGAGCACCGGCCAGCUGUCAACCUGUUGCCCUUCCUGCUGUCCUCCUUCAGGCAGGGCCGAGACUGAGUCUGGCUGGCAGUCGGGGGGUGCAGCAGAGCGUUUGUGUGCCAGAAUGGAGAGAGAGACCGAGAGAGAUGGACUUAAAACACUUGAGGAUGGCAGAAAUAAGUUUGAGCUGGAGAGAGAGAGAGAGAGAGAAACAGAGAAAGUGUGAAAGAUCUGUCAAAGAGGUAAGGGUUUUGUUUGGAGGCAAAGAGAGGAAGGAAGAAUAAUGCUUGGCAAACCCUAGAUAGGAAGAAAGAAUCAGUUUAAAAUUAGUAAUAUCAUCACUUGAAAAUGACUUUCUUUGUUUUUUUUUAUCUUUCCCAGCUUCAACUGUACAGGCAAGCUAAAACCCUCAAUAUGUAUUGUUCCAUCACAUGUAGCUAAGAGGAAAAUAUUGUAGUAUUUGUGAAUAGUUGGUUAAAACAUGACCAGAACUGUUAUGCAAUGGCCUCCAACGUGUCCCCUUUUCUGAUGUGGAUCACUGAGUUGGAGCUUUUACAUAGCUUCAAUCUUACGCACAAUCCAUGCACGCACCUUAGAAAAACAGCUACCAUGGCUUUAAUAAUGUACAGAUAAGUUGGUAUUGUUAAGCAAACACACACACACACACACACACACAUACACACACGCAUAGACAAACACACGCAUAGACAAACACACACAUACAGAUACACACACUGCCCUGUGUCAUUAUUGUACAGUCUGAAGAACCUCAUGACUGAAACUGGCUUUACUGUGAGAUGUGGUAUAUUGCAAGGUCUUGGUUUUAGGUUAGGGUUAUUGAGGUGUUUUUUUUUUUUUUUUUUUUUUUUUUUUUUUUUUUUUAAUUAUUACUAUUUUUCUGACAGGGUAAUCAUUACCACUAUACAGACUCAAAACAACUUUGAUAGAAAGCAUUAGUAUUCUACAUAUUCAGCCAAGUACCUGGGACAACAUACUGUCAGACGGAUCAUUUCAGGGG